AUGGGACCACCAGGAAAUCUUCUCCCACCCAGGGAUGCCCGCAGUGGGAGCCUGGCUGCCUUUGCUGGAACCAGGAUGGAAACUGUGCUCUUCCUCUUGGCAUGUCUUUGGGGUGUUGCCAACUCAGCUCCCAUCAGACUUGUGAGCGGCCCCAGCCGCUGCGCGGGGCGGCUCGAGGUGCUUUGGAAACAGCAGUGGGGAACCGUGUGUGACGAUAGCUGGGAUCUGGCCGAUGCCACGGUCGUAUGCAGGCAGUUGGACUGUGGGGAAGCACUGUCAGCCCCUGGCUCGGCUCACUUUGGUGAAGGAACUGGUCAUAUCUGGCUGGAUAACAUGAACUGCACCGGUACAGAAGCUGACCUUUCUGCCUGCAGGACCAGACCCUGGGGAGACCAUAACUGCAAUCAUGGAGAAGACGCAGGCGUUGUGUGCUCAGGUAACUCACAAAUGAAAAAAACAAUGAAGCUGCAAUUAGUGAAUGGUUCAAGUCGCUGUGCUGGGAGAGUGGAGGUGCUUUAUGGCCAGCAAUGGGGAACCAUCUGUGAUGACAACUGGGAUUUAAUUGAUGCUGAAGUUGUAUGCCGGCAGUUGGGCUGCGGGACCGCUCUAUCUGCUCCUUCCUCAGCUUACUUUGGGGGAGGGCCUGACCCCAUUUGGCUUGAUGAUGUGGCUUGCAAUGGAACCGAAGCUGCCCUCUCCGAAUGCAGUGCACAACCUUGGGGAAGCCAUAACUGUGUGCACGGAGAAGAUGCUGGCGUUGUGUGCUCAGGCUUUGCAGAACCGGCCCCACUUCGAUUAGUGGAUGGGUUGACCCACUGCUCUGGGAGAGUCGAGGUGUUCUAUGGCCAGCGCUGGGGAACUGUGUGUGAUGAUGACUGGGACUUGGUCGAGGCAGAAGUGGUGUGCAGGCAGCUGGGCUGUGGGAAGGCCUUGUCGGCUACCCACAGGGCUUACUUUGGGCAAGGAUCUGGCCCCAUUUGGCUUGAUGAUGUCAACUGCACAGGGACAGAAGCUGCUCUCUCCCAGUGCAGAGCCAGUCCUUGGGGAAGCCAUAACUGUGAGGAUGGAGAAGAUGCUGGCGUGGUUUGUACAGGAUUUGCUGAGCUUCUUCCAGUCCGGCUGGUGAACGGUUCGAGCAACUGCUCUGGGAGAGUCGAGGUGUUUCAUGAGCAGCAGUGGGGAACCGUCUGCGACGACACCUGGGAUUUGACAGAUGCUCAAGUGGUGUGCAGGCAGCUGGGCUGCGGGACAGCGGUCUCAGCCCCCGGCUCUGCUCAGUUUGGACAAGGAACCGGCCGCAUUUGGCUGGAUGAUGUGAACUGUGCAGGGGCUGAAACCGCCCUCUCUGAUUGCCGGGCCAGGCCUUGGGGCGAUCACAACUGUAACCACGGAGAAGAUGCUGGUGUGGAGUGCUCAGGUGUUGUGGAACCAGCUCCCGUCCGGCUCGUGAACGGUCCGAAUCGUUGCGCUGGGAGAGUCGAGGUGUUUCAUGAGCAGCAGUGGGGAACCGUGUGUGAUGACGACUGGGAUACAGCUGAAGCCAGUGUUGUGUGCAGGCAGCUGGGCUGCGGGGCAGCGCUGUCAGCCCCGGAUUCAGCUCAUUUUGGGCAAGGGCCUGGCCCCAUCUGGCUGGACAAUGUGAAUUGCUCAGGGAACGAAGCUGUCCUCUCUGAGUGUAGGGCCCACCCUUGGGGGUCCCACAACUGCAAGCAUGGAGAAGAUGCUGGUGUGGUGUGCUCAGAUAUACCAAGGAUGGCUCCACUGAGGCUAAUGAAUGGAUCAAAUCGUUGCAGUGGGAGAGUUGAAGUUUUUUAUGGCCAGCAGUGGGGAACGGUAUGUGAUGACAGCUGGGAUAUAAGCGAUGCUGAAGUUGUUUGCCGACAGCUGGGCUGUGGGAGAGCACUAUCCACUCCCAUCUCUGCUCAUUUUGGAGAAGGAUCUGGCCCUAUCUGGCUGGAUGAUGUGAACUGCACAGGGACAGAAACUGCCCUCUCCAACUGUGAAACCACUCUAUGGGGAGUCCAUAACUGUAGGCAUGGAGAAGAUGCUGGUGUUGUGUGCUUGGGUGUUCCAGAACCAGCCCCGAUCCACCUAGUGAGUGGUUCGAAUUUCUGCUCUGGGAGAGUCGAGGUGUUUCAUGAGCAGCAGUGGGGAACCGUCUGCGAUGACAGCUGGGAUCUGACCGAUGCUCAAGUGGUGUGCAGGCAGCUGGGCUGCGGGACAGCGGUCUCAGCCUCCGGCUCUGCUCAGUUUGGACAAGGAACCGGCCACAUUUGGCUGGAUGAUGUGAACUGUGCAGGGGCUGAAACCACCCUCUCUGAUUGCCGGGCCAGGUCUUGGGGCGAUCACAACUGUAACCACGGAGAAGAUGCUGGUGUGGUCUGCUCAGGUGUUGUGGAACCAGCUCCCGUCCGGCUCGUGAACGGUCCGAAUCGUUGCGCUGGGAGAGUCGAGGUGUUUCAUGAGCAGCAGUGGGGAACCGUGUGUGAUGACGACUGGGAUACAGCUGAAGCCAGUGUUGUGUGCAGGCAGCUGGGCUGCGGGGCAGCGCUGUCAGCCCCGGGUUCAGCUCAUUUUGGGCAAGGGCCUGGCCCCAUCUGGCUGGACAAUGUGAAUUGCGCAGGGAACGAAGCUGUCCUCUCUGAGUGUAGGGCCCAGCCUUGGGGGUCCCAUAACUGCAAGCAUGGAGAAGAUGCUGGUGUGGUGUGCUCAGGUACUCCUGAAGUGCCUCCGCUCCGGCUGGUGAAUGGCCCCACUCGUUGUGCCGGGAGAGUUGAGGUGCUUCAUAGCCAGCAGUGGGGGACGAUCUGCGAUGACAGCUGGGACUUGAGCGAUGCUGCAGUGCUGUGCCAGCAGCUGGGCUGUGGGAUGGCCAUGUCCGCCCCAGGUUCAGCUUAUUUUGGGCAAGGUUUUGGCCGUAUCUGGCUGGAUGAUGUGAAAUGCUCCGGUAGAGAAUCAGCCCUCUCUGAGUGUGUGGCGAGGCCUUGGGGAGUCCAUAACUGUAAUCACGGAGAAGAUGCGGGCAUUGUAUGCUCAGGUAACCUUCAUCCCUGUCCUGUCCUACUAGGCAUUAGUCGAGACUAA